AUGUUGUUAUUCCUCCAUGAAGCUGACAAACUGAAAACUCAAACAGAUAUUGACAGAUUGAUUUCAGCAGAAUUACCAGAUACAGAAAAAGACCACAUCGCAUUUGAGGCAGUAGUUCAAUACAUGACACAUGGACCAUGUGGGGCCUUGAACCCAAAAUGUCCAUGUAUGCAGGGAGGACGGUGUUCAAAAUACUACCCUAAAAAUUUCAAUAGUGAAACAUCAAUUGGCGAGGACGGAUACCCAAUUUACCGGAGGAGAAAUGAUGGAAGGACAACAACAAAGAAUGGCAUCACAAUUGACAAUACUUUUAUUGUGCCAUACAAUGUUGACUUGCUGGUAAAGUACCAAGCACACAUAAAUGUGGAGGUGUGCAACAAAUACACAUGCACCAAAUACCUCUUCAAAUACAUGAAUAAGGGCCCAAAUAUGGCAACUGCAACAAUACAACAACAAAGUGAAGGGUCAAGCAUUCAACAACAACCACAGAGGGAUGAAAUAAAAACAUAUUUGCAAUGCAGAUAUGUUUCAGCUGCAGAGGCGUGCUGGAGAAUGUUUGGAUUUGAAAUACAAUAUAAACAACCACCCGUCGAACGCCUCAGCUGUCACCUUGAGGAUGAACAAAUAGUAAUGUUUGAAGAUCAUGAGCUGCUAGAUGAUGUCCUUGACAGAGUGGGACAAGCAAAAACUCCUCUCACCGGAUGGAUGGAAGCCAAUCGAAAAUACAAAAAAGCACGGACCUUAACCUUCCAUGAAUUCCCCACUGAAUGGGGAUGGCUAAAGAAGGAAAAGAAAUGGAAGGAGAGAGAUCGAGGGUUCAAAAUUGGCAGAAUAUACUUUGUGCUCCCAGCAUCCGGGGAGCAAUAUUACUUGCGUAUUCUUUUAAAUAUUGUUAAAGGAGCAACUUGCUUUGCAGAAAUAAGAACUGUCAACGACGUCGAAUUCAGCACAUUCAAGGAAGCAUGCAAUGCUUUAGGGCUUCUAGAAGGGGACAAUGAAUGGCACGAAGCACUACAAGCUGCACCAACCUGGGCAACUGCACCACAAUUAAGAGACUUAUUCGUAACAUUAUUGAUUUUCUGUGAGGUCACAAAUCCAACAGAACUAUGGGAGAAGAAUUGGGAGAUGCUAGCAGAUGAUAUCCUAUAUCGACAACAAAAGAGAUUGGGUACAAGAAACAUUGUGCUGACAACAAACCAGUUGCAAAAUUACGCACUACAUGAGAUAGAAUUGAGCCUCAACAGAAAUAAUCGAAGCCUGAGGAAUUAUGCCAACAUGCCAUACCCAGACAUAUCUUUGGUACAACAAUCCUCAAACAGGCUUAUACUCGAAGAGCAAAUGCAUGAUGUGGGCACACUAGCAAACCAGGCAUCUCAUUUGGAAGCAGGUCUGAAUCCAGAACAAAAUGAUGUUUACCAACAGAUACUUCAAUCCGUCAAUUCAGAAACAGGAGGAGUCUACUUUAUAUAUGGAAGCGGAGGUACAGGGAAGACAUAUUUAUGGACUACCUUAAUAUCAAAACUACGAUCAGAGGGACAAAUAGUGAUUGCAGUUGCUUCCUCUGGGAUUGCAGCUCUACUACUCCAGUGUGGAAGAACAACCCAUUCACGGUUCAGCAUCCCGAUAAAUUUGAAUGAAAUUUCGUGUUGUAGGAUAGCCCAGGGUUCCGACUUGGCAAAUCUCCUGCAAAGGGCAAGCUUAAUAAUAUGGGAUGAAGCCCCCAUGAUUCAUAGACAUGCUUUUGAUGCAGUAGAUCGCACUUUGCGUGAUAUCAUGCAAACUGAAAACGCAAACUCUGGUGACAGACCUUUCGGAGGCAAAACAGUCGUACUAGGAGGAGAUUUUAGACAGAUACUACCUGUGGUCCCACGAAAAGGCAGGGGAGUAGGGGUGGGACUUUUCAAACCGAACCGUGAAAUCGUCCGUUACCGAACCGAAUCAUCACGGACCGAACCGUUUAUAACCCGCUAA